GCGGGCAGAGCGGACGGCCGCCGACCCGAGUGAGCGAUAAAUCCGAGAUAAAAGAGCUAGGAAGGCCGCCAAUUGCCAAACAUGGCCGCCAAGACCCUCAGCCAGCUGACCCCUCUCAUGCCGGUCACCAUCGAGUUCUCCGACCUCAACUACACCGUCCACCAGGACGGCUACGGUCCAAAGACGAUUUUGAGAAACAUCAACGGGCUCUUCAAGUCUGGCGAGCUGACGUGCAUUCUGGGACCGUCGGGCGCAGGAAAAAGCACCCUGCUCAAUCUGCUCGCAGGAUACAAGUGUGAGAACGCGAGCGGGACGAUUUGCGUGAACGGGCGUCCGCGCGAGAUGCGUCUGUUCCGGCGCAUCUCGCGGUACAUCAUGCAGGAGGACCUUCUGCAGCCGCACCUGAGCGUCGACGAGGCCAUGCACGCAGCCUCGCAGCUCAAGCUGGGCCUGCGCCUCGAGCCGCGCCAGCGCCAGGCCACCGUCGACGAGAUCCUCGAGCUGCUGCGGCUCACCAGGGCCAAGAACACGCGCACCGAGAAACUGUCCGGCGGCGAACGCAAACGCCUUAGCAUCGCCCUCGAACUCAUCAACAACCCCCCAGUCAUGUUCCUCGACGAACCAACCACGGGUUUGGACGACCUGUCGAGCGCGCAGUGCUUGUCUCUGCUGAAGGCGCUGGCGGCGGGCGGGCGGACGGUGGUGUGCGUCAUCCACACGCCCAGCGCGCGCCUCUUCCACAUGAUCGACAACGUGUACGUCGUGGCCGAGGGCCAGUGCGUCUUCCAAGGCGCCGCCACCCAGGUCAUCCCCUUCCUCCACGCCUCCUGCGCCCUCAGCUGCCCCAAAACUUACAACCCCGCAGACUUUGCUCUGGAGGCGGCGUGCGGCGAGUACGGCGAAAACCAUGUGGAGCGCAUGGUGGCCGCCGUGGAGAAUGGCCGCUGCCAACGUUGGACCCCAAACUACCAACACUCUUCCCUUCCCUCCAGAUCGUCGGAGGAUCAGCAGGUUGUAGAGUUUUGCGAACUACCUAUGCAGGACGGCACCCUUCUGAAGCAGGACUUUGGGUUCGCCCUGUCAGGGUGGGACCAGUUCAGGGUGCUGCUCUCCAGGAUGCUGCUGCAGGUGUGGCGCGACUCGAGCCACCUGACCCUGAAGCUGAGCCUCCACCUGGCCCUGGGCAUCAUCAUCGGGGGCAUGUUCUACGACAUGGGCAACGACGGCUCCAAGACCAUGUUCAACUUUGGCUUCUGCUACACUUGCAUCAUUUUCUUCCUCUACAUCCCCAUGAUGCCCGUCCUUCUGCAAUUUCCAAUCGACGUGAAAAUCCUGAAGCGGGAGUACUUCAACCGGUGGUACAGCCUGGGCGCCUACUACGCCGCCUACACCAUUUCCCACCUUCCGUUGCAGAUAUUCCUGGGCACGAUGUAUGCGACGAUGGUGUAUUACCUGUCAGGGCAGCCCAUGGAGGCGCUGCGACUGACGCAGUUCCUGUUCAUGUGCCUGAUGGUGUCGCUGGUGUCGGAGAGCCUCGGCCUCACCAUCGGCUCCACCCUGGGCAUUGUGAAUGGGAUGUUCAUGGGGCCGGUGCUGUCGGUGCCGCUGAUGCUGCUCUCCUGCUACGGCAUGGGCUCAGGGUCGGCGGACAUCCCGGUCCUCAUCAGGGUCGGCAUGAACCUGAGCUACCUGCGCUACGGCCUCGAGGGCAUCAUCGUCACUAUGUACCGACUCGGCCGCAAGUCGCUGCCCUGCCCCAUCGACUACUGCCACCUCAGGGAACCGGAGGCCCUCCUCAGACAUGUGGGGAUGGAGAACGUGCAAUACUGGCAGGACGCGGUACUGCUAAUUUUGAGCUUCGUCGGUCUCAGGUUGGCCACUUUUGUGCUGCUCAGGUACCGCCUGAGCUCCAGGAAGUCCAUCAAGGCGGUCAACAUGCUAGGCCAGUUUGUCAAAACCAAAUUCAGGUCCAAAAGAUCGGCGUGAAAUUUCAAAUUUCUCACUGCCAAAAAUGGUUGAAACUGAUUAUUUUUUGUAUAAAUUGUGUGAUUGCGCGCGGCACAUUAAACUUACAAACCUCAAAGACUCGAUAAUUGUACGUACAACUCUUAUACACACUUUUUUGCCAUUGGAUGAUCUUGUUAAUUUUUACUAAUCUCUCAUCAUCCAAAGUGAUCUUUUACUAACAUUGUAAUUUAAGGUCUUUAAUGUUAUACAAUAAAGUUUUCCAAGAAAAUAA